AUGGAAUCACCAACCAACAAAGACCUACCCAUUUAUUUCUGGAAACCAGAAGGCGAAGUAGGCUUCCUAGGCCAAUGGUGGCCAUCUCCAUUUAAAUGGGAGCAUGGGAAUGAAAAGUACACAUAUGCGAAUGCCGAACAGGAACUGAUGUGGAAUACUUCAAGAUACAUGAUGCAUCGCAAAGCGCUCCUGUUUGCAGGACCGGCUCACCCCGUUACGCACGACAUUCGCACCGGGUGGAAAAUUCAUCCUCGCGAGCUUCGAAAUCUAGGCCGGAAGAUUCCCAGAUUUGACGACGAGGUGUGGGAAAUGCAUCGGUUGGAGAUCGUCAUCGAGGGCAAUUAUCUCAAGUUCUCACAGAAUGAAGAUUUGAAGCGGCGGUUGCUUGGCACUGGGGAGCGUGAAUUGGUCGAGGCUAGUCCGCAAGAUCGAGUAUGGGGGAUAGGAUUUGGAGCAAAAAGUGCUGGUGAGAAUCGGGAGAGGUGGGGAUUGAAUCUUUUAGGGAAAGCUUUGAUGGAAGUACGUCGCAGGAUUCAAGAGGAUGAAUUGCAAGCAUCGCGAGGUUCGAAACGUAAAUAG